AUGGCACACACUAAUGGGGAAUUGGAGCCCUCCAAAGAGGUUCCUCAGGAGAAUGGCAUCCACGUAGAUGAUAUUGCAGAAGAUGAGAAUGCUGGUGGCCUUUUCCAGAUCUCCGUCAAGCUUCCUCAUGCUCCUCACAAGAUUCAGGUGAUGGUCUCAAGCCAAGAACAGGUCCAAGACGUCCGCCAAUCCAUUGUUGAGCUGCCCGGUACCUUCCAGUACACCUGCUUCCACCUCGAGCACAAUGGAGCCCGCAUCAACGAUUUUGUCGAGUUGUCCGAGGUGCCUGACCUGAAGGCUGAUUCCGAAAUUGUGCUUAUUGAGGACCCCUACACUGAGAAGGAGGCUCGCAUGCAUGUUGUGCGCAUGCGUGAGUUGGUUGGUGCUGCUGGUGACCGCGUGGACACUCUCCAGGGUAUUUCGGCCGGUCUGUCCCUGCACGAUGCCAUUUCCGCUGAGGCAGCUCAGGCUGGUGAAUCCGACAAGGACCACUCGUUGGCUCAGUACAACCUGACUGGGCCCUCCUCCCUGCAGACCAUCCUCCCCCGGUCUGAGGAGCCCCUCCCCAAGACUGUGAAGUCAAUUUCACUCUCAGCAUGGAACCCCGUUCCUUACCACCUCCGCCAGAAGGGUCACCUGCUGUACAUCCAGGUUAACACCAACGAGAAUGAGCAGUUUCAGAUCACCGCUCACGUCUCGGGUUUCUUCGUGAACAAGAGCUCGAACUCUCGUUUUGAUCCUUUCCCCAGGACAAUUCCCAAGAAGGCCAGCGCCCACUCGCUCCUGACUCUCAUCUCCCAGCUGUCUCCUUCAUUCACUACAUCAUUCGAGGCUCUGCAGGAGGCCAACAACCAGAAGGAUCUCCUGACCACAUUCCCCUUCCAGAAUGCCAUUCCUAACAGCCCGUGGUUGGUUGCUCCCACUUCCUCCACCCUGACCGCUCACCAGUCCGACAUCACCCGCUCACAGGAGAGCUUCUUGAUCUCCGGUGCUGACAAUGCCGAGACUCUGCGUGAUUGGAAUGAGGAAUUCCAGACCACCCGUGAACUUCCUCGCGACACUGUUCAGGACCGUGUGUUCCGUGAGCGUCUGACCUCUAAGCUGUUUGCUGAUUACAACGAGGCUGCUGCUCGUGGUGCUGUCCUGGUCGCCCGUGGCGAGAUUGCUCCUUUGAACCCUACUGAGGCUCGCGAUGCCCAGAUUUUUGUCUACAACAACAUCUUCUACUCCUUCGGUGCCGAUGGUGUUGGUACCUUCACUUCCGAGGGUGGUGAUGAGGCUGCUCGUGUUGCCGUUGGCAAGGAUGUUCUGGGUAUCAAGGCUGUGAACCAGCUGGAUAUUCAGGGUCUGUUUACUCCUGGUACCGUCGUUGUUGACUACCUCGGUAAGCGUAUUGUGGGUCAAAGCAUUGUCCCCGGUAUCUUCAAGCAGCGCGAGCCCGGUGAGCACCAGAUCGACUACGGUGGUGUUGAGGGCAAGGAGGUCGUGGCUACCCACGAGGACUUUGUCCCUGUCUUCGAGAAGCUCUCCAAGGCCCUCCGUGUCAAGCAGCACCCCGUUUGGGACAAGGAUGGCAAGCGCCACGACCUUGAGGGCAGUGUUGAGACCAAGGGUCUUCUGGGCACCGAUGGUCGCAAGUACGUUCUGGACCUCUACCGCAUCGCCCCUCUCGAUUGUGAAUGGCAGGAGGAGGCUGGCAGCGAUGUCUACCCUCACCGUAUGUCCGUCCUCAGACUGGAGCUUGUUGAGUCAUACUGGCGAUCCAAGAUGAGCCAGUACGUCAAGGGCGAGGUCGAGAAGCGCAAGGCCGCCAAGGCCGCCGAGGAGCCUAAGGAGAAGACCGAGGGCGAGUCUGAGGAGAAGACUGAGGAUGCUGGGGACCAAGAGCGUGUUGACAUCUCCGGAUUCAACCUGUCUCUUAACCCUGAUGUCUUCAGCGGUCAGGUUCCCCAGACUCAGGAAGAGAAGGAGCAGUGGGCUCAAGAUGAGAAGGAAGUCCGGGAUGCUUGCGACCACCUGCGCUCUAAGGUUAUGCCCGAGCUGAUCCAGGACCUUCACGAUGGCGAUGUUGGCUUCCCUAUGGAUGGCAACUCAUUGACUCAGCUGUUGCACAAGCGUGGUAUCAACGUCCGCUACCUGGGUAAGUUGGCUCAGCUGUCCACUGAUAAGGGUGCCCGUCUCCAGGCUCUGUCUACUCUCCUGGUCCAGGAGAUGAUUGCUCGUGGCUUCAAGCACGUUGCCAAUGGCUACUUGCGCAACGUCCCUGCUCCUUUCGCGGCCCCUUGCAUUGCUCACCUGCUGAACUGCCUCCUGGGUACUGAUGUCAACGCUGCUCCUCGUCCCGAGAUUGAUCAGUCUCUGCGUGAGGUCUACCCCGAGGGCGAUUUCUCCUUUGAGAAGGUCACCCCUGAGUCCCUCCGCGCCGAUAUUCAGAAGCAGGUCACCAUCCGCUACCGUUACACAUUGGAGAACGGAUGGGUCAACUCUCUUCGCCACCUGCAGCUCCUGCGUGACAUCUCUAUUAAGUUGGGUCUUCAGCUUGGUUCCCGCGACUAUGCCUUCAACAAGGCCGAUGUUAAGGAGCCUGUCCCAGUCGCCACCAACGGUGCCAACAAGAAUGGACAGGAUGAGAGCAACAGCAACAAGAAGGGCAAGAAGGGCAAGAAGAGUUCCGCCGAGAAGUCCCCAAGCCGUGCUGUCGUCGAGCCCAAGCCUGCUGUUUCCAUCCUUGCCGACGACAUUCUCAACAUUGUCCCCCUUGUCCGCGAUGCGUCUCCCCGUAGCGCCCUUGCUGAGGAGGCUCUGGAAGCCGGUCGUAUCUCGCUUAUGCAGAACCAGAAGCAACUGGGCCAGGAGCUCAUUCUGGAGUCUCUGUCCCUGCACGAGCAGAUCUACGGUAUCCUGCACCCUGAGGUUGCCAAGCUUUAUCACCAGUUGUCCAUGCUCUACUACCAGACCGAUGAGAAGGAUGCCGCCGUGGAGCUGGCCCGCAAGGCUGUCAUCGUUACUGAGCGCACCCUGGGUGUUGACUCUGCUGACACUAUUCUGGCUUACCUGAACUUGAGCUUGUUUGAGCACGCUUCUGGCAACACUAAGACUGCUCUGGUCUACAUUAAGCACGCCAUGGAUCUCUGGAAGAUCAUCUACGGUCCCAACCACCCUGACUCCAUCACCACCAUGAACAACGCCGCCGUCAUGCUGCAGCACCUGAAGCAGUACGGUGACUCUCGCAAGUGGUUCGAGGCCUCCCUCGCCGUCUGUGAGAACCUGUUUGGCAAGGAGUCUAUCAACACCGCCACCAUCCUCUUCCAGCUGGCCCAGGCUCUGGCUCUGGACCAGGACUCUAAGGCUGCCGUUUCCAAGAUGCGUGAUGCCUACAACAUCUUCCUUGCCCAGUUGGGUCCCGAGGACCGCAACACCAAGGAGGCUGAGAGCUGGUUGGAGCAGCUGACUCAGAACGCUGUCUCCAUUGCUAAGCACGCCAAGGAUAUUCAGGCUCGUCGCCUGCGCCGCAUCAACAUCAACCCGCGCACCUCUUCCAUGGGUACUCGCGUCCAGCCCCAGGUUGGCCAGACUGCGCCUGAGACCGCUGGUACGGCUGCUUCCUCUGGUUCCCUGGACUCCCGCAGCAUCGAUGAAUUGCUGAAGUUCAUUGAGGGCGGUGAUGCCAACAGCUCUGGCUCUAAGCAAAAGAAGCGCACUGCUGCCAACCCCAAGCUUCGGGGCUCCAAGCAGUCCAAGGCAUAG